CUUUUCUUUCCUCGUCGUCCGUGUGGCGUGUACGCCCUCCUUUUCUUCCUCGUCUUUCGGACUCGAUUCGGCUCCGAUUAGUGCUGCCGGGGUCGGGAUUGCUGCUGGAAUUGGGUGGUCCGGUCUGUUCCUUGACCAAUUCGGCCUCUCCGCGAUUCGACCCGGGGGUUGCUGCUUCCAGUUGGGGGUGUUGCCUUGCUGGAAUCUUGUGCUGAUAUCGCGCGGAUUCCUCCACUGUUCAAUCUGAUUCGGCUGUGGCUGCCACGCCGAAUCCGCGCUGCUGCUGUUCCCUGCUGAUAUCGGUGCCAUUUCGACCCGCGAGUUCGGAUCCUUGGAUGAUUCCGAUCGAUCCAGGACCAAGAGGCUCAGGAUUUCACCAGUUCAUCGGGGCUCGGAAGGAUUUGCUCGCGGUUCCUGCGGCGCCGGCGGUGGAUCCAUGGCGGGGGAGAAGGCGCCGCGCCCGUUCUCCAUCGAGGAGCUCCCGGGCCACCUCGUCGGGGAGGUCCUGACCUCCGGCGGACUCGCCGUGGCUGACCUCGCCAGGCUCGAGGCCACCUGCCGCGCGCUCAGGCCGCUCGCCGAGUACGCCGCGUCAAAGCUCUGCGCGGCGCGGGCCGCGUUCGCUGCCAUGGGGCCCGCGGCGAGGGGCGAGCUCCUGGAGAGGUGCGGCGGUAGCUGGAAGAAGGUGCUCAGGUUCCUGCAGUUGGUCGAGCAGUCCUCUGGCACCGUCCAGACCUCCUCCAGCAACAUGCAAGUAGCCACAGGAAGAUAUCACACACUUUUGGUCCAUGACUCUUCUGUCUAUUCUUGUGGGUCUAGCUUGUGUGGUGUGCUAGGUCAUGGCCCGGAUACUACACAGUGUGCGGCAUUCAGUCGGAUUCCCUUCCCAUCACUUUCCCGUGUCAUCAACAUAUCUGCCUCACACAACCAUGCUGCUUUCGUUACGGAGUCUGGGGAGGUGUUCACUUGUGGUGAUAAUUCAUCAUUAUGCUGUGGCCAUGGCGAAGUGGGGAGAACUAUUUUUCGACCAACGCAAGUCGAAGCACUUAAAGGGAUUUCUUGCAAGCAGGUUGCUACUGGUCUAAGUUUCACUGUGAUUCUUACAAGGGAUGGGCAAGUUUAUACGUGUGGAAGUAACACGCAUGGCCAACUCGGACAUGGUGACACUGUAGACAGGGCUGCUCCAAAGAUUGUUGAAUUAUUUGAAGGCCCCAGUCAGGUGGUGCAGGUUGCAGCUGGUGCAAGCUACACAUUUGCUGUAACAGAUGAUGGAACAAUUCAUUCCUUUGGGUCUUGCACUAAUUUCUGCCUUGGACAUGGGGAUCAGCAUGAUGAACUUCUUCCACGUGCCAUCCAAUCAUUUAAAAGGAGGAACAUUCAUGUAGUUCGUGUUUCUGCUGGAGAUGAGCAUGCUGUUGCUCUUGAUGCACUGGGAUACGUUUACACAUGGGGCAGAGGAUACUGUGGAGCCUUAGGUCAUGGUGAUGAGAAUGAUAAAACAAGCCCAGAGUUGAUAAGCAGUCUGAAGAGCCAAGUUGCUGUGCAGGUAUGCGCAAGGAAGAGAAAGACCUUUGUUCUCACUGACGAGGGCUCAGUUUUUGCAUUUGGAUGGAUGGGCUUUGGGAGUUUAGGGUUUCCUGACCGAGGAUCAUCUGACAAAGUAAUGAGGCCUCGCGUUCUUGAGAGUCUGCGGGAUCACUAUGUCUCCCAAAUAAGCACUGGACUGUACCACACUGUUGCCGUGACAAAUAAAGGCAUUGUAUUUGGGUUUGGGGACAAUGAGCGAGCACAACUUGGGCAGGAGUACAUUCGUGGGUGCUUAAAACCCACGGAGAUAAUGUUCCAGAAGAGUAUGGAAGAUAUAGUAAUUGCGGCGCCUAGCGGCUAAACUCAAGGAGUACGGAAGAUCACUAUUCAAGACACUGCAAUCUGCAUAUGUUUUAUCUUGAAGUUCUUCUUGGAAGUGUAUUUUAUACUUUGUUUUCCAGUUGUUUGUGAGUAUUUGGGUAAACGGGAGAAGAGCAAAGCUGGAGGGACAGUGUUGUAGCUAAAGAAUCGUAGUGUAGUUAUGUGUAAUGUAUUAAAAUAAUUUAGCCCACCAUUUUUCUUCUGUAUAAAAUUAUUGGUGUGUUUAUAUUUUUGUCUC